UAUUUUUGAGUUAGUCACAAGAAAACAUGAACAGAGUCAACAAUGGCUUUUCCCACUCGGUGUUUUAUAUCAUCUCUCUUCUUCUUCCUCUUAUAAGUUCAGGGCUUUGCAUGGAUCCUUUCUCCUACGACCAGACUCUCAAAUCCGAGUCCGAGUGCCUCAUGGAGCCUCCACAAGCGACUGUAACUACUGGAGGAGGAGGAUUCAGAGAAUUGAAGAUCAACGACAAUGGUGGAAUCAGAAAUGUAGUAGAGAGAACUGAUCUUGAGGAAGGCAACAUAUACAGCAUUUCUGCUUGGAUAAAAUUGAGAAAUGAGAAUCAAGGAAAAGUAGGAAUGAUAUUGAGGAGAGAUAAUGGUAGAAAGGUUUAUGGAGGUGAAGUUAUGGCGAAGAAAGGAUGCUGGUCUAUGCUUAAAGGCGGUAUUAACGCCGAUUUCUCAGGCCCUAUCGACAUUUUCUUCAAGAGUGAUGACUUAGCGGCCGCGGAGAUAUCUGUACAAAAUGUGAGGCUGCAACGGUUUAACAAAACUCAGUGGAGGCUACAACAAGACCAAGUCAUUGAGAAGAUUCGGAAGAACAAAGUGAGAUUUCAAGUGAGUUUUCCGAAUGAAAGCUCAUUAAAAGGAUCAGUGAUUUCCAUAGAACAGAACAAACCAUCAUUUCUCCUUGGCUGUGCUAUGAACUACCGAAUUUUGGAAAAUGAUAGAUAUAAAGAAUGGUUUGUGUCGCGGUUUAGACUAACUUCGUUUACCAAUGAAAUGAAAUGGUAUUCAACUGAGUUAGUGAGAGGCCAAGAGAACUACUCACUGGCUGAUCGAAUGAUGACACUUGCAGAGGAAAACAAGAUUCUAGUCAAAGGACAUACGGUCCUGUGGGACGAUAAGACCUGGCAGCCAAGUUGGGUUAAGAAGAUAACAGAUCCUAAAGAUUUGAAGAAUGUGACACUCAACCGGAUCAACUCGGUUAUGAAGAGAUAUAAAGGGAGAUUAAUUGGAUGGGAUCUGAUGAAUGAGAAUGUGCAUUUCAGCUACUUUGAGGACAUGCUUGGGACAAAUGCUUCAGCUAUUUUCUUCUCUUUGGCAUCCAAGCUUGAUCCUGAUAUACCAUUGUUCAUGAACGAGUUCAACACCUUAGAAUAUGCUAAUGAAAGAAUUGGGAGUCCGGUUAACGUGAAGAAGAAGAUGGAAGAGAUUGUUUCAUACUCAGGAAACAAGAAAAUCAAAGGAGGGAUUGGAGCACAAGGUCACUUUCCUCCGCAACAGCCCAACUUGGCUUACAUGAGAUCCGCAUUAGAUACACUAGGCUCUCUGGGUUAUCCAGUUUGGCUUACCGAGUUUGAUAUGGCCAAGUGCCCGGGUCAGGUCAAAUACAUGGAGGAUAUUCUGAGGGAAGCUUACUCGCAUCCUGCGGUUAAAGGCAUAAUCAUAUACGGAGGGCCUGAGGUGUCCGGUUUCAACAAGUUAACGCUUGCCGAUAAAGAUUUCAAGAACACAGGAGCAGGGGAUCUCAUCGACAAGUUGCUCAAAGAGUGGAAACAAGGACCUGCAGAGAUUCCUAUCCAAAAUCAUGAGCAUAAUGAUGAAGAAGAAGGUCGAAUAAUCAGGUUUUCUCCAGAGAUUUCCCUGCUGCAUGGACAUUACACAGUGACCGUAACUAAUCCAUCAAUGAAGAACUUGUCAACCAGCUUCAGCUUGGAGGUAACAAAUGAGAUGGGUCAUCAUCUUCAAGAGGUUCAACUUGUAAUCAAUGCUUGACAACUAAACCAUAUCUGUAUUAUUUAUUGUGAAUCAU